AUGGAAGGGAAGGUGUUCUUGGGUCAAAACCUGAUAUGGGUGAUGCUACUGAUGGGGCAGUUACAUGGAUACAAAAGUUGUAUUGAUAAAGAAAGGAACGCUUUGUUCGAGCUCAGGAAAUACAUGAUCUCAAGAACUGAAGAAGACCAAUCCGACUCUGUUCUCCCUACUUGGACCAAUGAUACAACCAGUGAUUGCUGCCGAUGGAAGGGCGUUGCGUGCAAUCGUGUAAGCGGACGGGUGACCGAGAUUGCCUUUGGUGGAUUGAGCCUGAAAGAUAAUUCUCUCCUAAACCUCUCUUUGUUGCAUCCCUUUGAAGAUGUUCGAAGUCUGAACUUAUCAAGCUCCAGAUUCAGUGGCUUGUUUGAUGAUGUGGAAGGUUAUAAAAGCCUCAGAAGAUUAAGAAAGUUGGAGAUUCUGGAUCUUUCUUCAAAUAAAUUCAAUAACAGCAUCUUUCAUUUUCUUAGUGCCGCUACAUCACUCACAACUCUGUUUCUUAGGUCCAAUAACAUGGUUGGCUCUUUUCCUGCUAAAGAACUUAGAGAUUUGACAAACUUGGAAUUACUAGACCUGAGUAGAAACAGAUUUAACGGCUCCAUACCAAUACAAGAGUUAUCUAGUCUAAGGAAGCUGAAAGCUCUGGAUCUAAGUGGCAAUGAAUUUUCUGGCUCAAUGGAAUUGCAAGGCAAGUUCUCCACUAAUCUUCAAGAGUGGGAUUUGUGA